AUGUUCUGUGCCGACGACAUUCCUAGAAACGACACUAGCAACGAGAACGACUCGACCUCCCUUGAAGCCUUCAAUCUCCACUCCAAAGCCCCAUCCUGGUGUGCGGAGACGAAGUCUGACCUGAAGAACCAUGGUAAAACGCUAUUCGAGAAUGAUGUGCCAGGAAUGGCGGCUCUGCGUAAUGGUACUUUGAAGUACGACGCUUCUCGGCACAUCAAGAACGGCUUUCGACUGAGCGAUGGCUUGGAAAGGGUUUGGAUUUGA